AUGGACCGUAGUCUUCGGCGGGUUCAUGGUCUUUGUAGCCUCGUUCGGUGUCAUGAAUACAUAUGGUGUCUUCCAGGAUUACUACUCAUCGACACUUUUGACAAAGUCGUCGUCAUCCACGAUCUCGCUCAUUGGAGCGAUCCAGAUAUACCUGCUGUACAGGGCUGGUCCGGUCGUGGACAGGAUUUACAACGCGUAUGGAACUACCGUUAUCAUCGCUGUGGGCUCGUUUCAGACAGUGUUCUCUCUUAUGAUGGUGUCUUUAGCUCAGGAAAACCAACCAUACUAGCUGUUUCUAUCACAAAGAAUCCUCUUCGGUAUGGGCAUAGCAGCGAUCUUCAAUCCCGCUAUGACCGUCGUAGGCCGCUGGUUCCGUCGCAGGAGGGCCUACGCGAUGGAUUGGCUGGAAGGCCACCGGCCACACUGCUUGAGGUUUGA